AUGUUUUUCAUCAAGAAGUUAUGCAAAUCACACUCGAAGAAGCAUGGAGUAGUUCCGAAAGGUUAUAUACCCGUGUACGUCGGAAAAGGAAAAGAACGAAAGAGAUACUGUCUUCCUUUGAAGUAUAUCUCCCAUCCAACCGUCCAAGAACUCAUCGAGAAGUCCCAAGCCGAUGUGUUCGAUCCGAAGAUUGAAGGGCCUUUUGUGCUUACAUGUAAUACUAACACCUUCGAUCAGUUGCUGAAGAUCUUCAAGGAAUACUAG